UCUACGUGACUUUACCGAAAGAACCAAAGAAGAUGAAUCCUUGCAGUCACGAAAGCUUUAAAUCGAAAAAUGUGGAAUGGAGUUUCAGAGCCGCUGGGCUUUCACUAUUGAGUCAUUUGGUUUGGCUCCACGGCAACUAAAGAACUGUUUUGGACACGUUUGCACAUCAAUGACUCCACGUUAUGAGCCUGAGUUAGCGGGACAGGGCAUGUAGUUUAGGUGCCCUAUGGAGGAGGCUCAUGAAGGACGCUACUGGGCAGUUGGAGACAGUCGCUCUCCAAGAGCAAGCAGCGGUGCACCGGGCGGCUAAAACGCAACAAGUUGGCACAGUAGGGGGCACAUGUGGUGCAUCUGUCAGUCGUCUUGUCAGUCAACCCAUGGCACCUGAAUCUGUCCUGUGACCUGCUAGCGAGCAAGCCUUUGACUUUUCACGUGAACGCCUCGGAGUGCCCCUAGCCUGGCACAAGCACCGUCGCGAUGUCACCACCGCCACUGUCGUUGCCGUUGGUGCCCAUACGACUGCGAUAAUGCUCGGGGCGGUGGCAGGACAGGGAGCGGGACGCUCACUCGUUCCCUCUGUCCACACGGUACGGGAGUCAGAGGUGGGAGCGCGGGAACGCCGUCGCAUAACUCACAACGUUGCCUUUCAUCACGAAGGGGGUGACGUCUUGGUGGUGGCCGUGUGUGAAGCCAUGUGGGCGACUGGCCCAAGGGGGUUACUGUGGCCGUGUGGUCUCUACGGCCCGCACCGCCCGGCGGCCCACGGACGCUGCCGUGCUCUCAGUGUCCAUCUGAGCUUCUUGAAACGGCUAACGCAGGGAACCCCGUGGGUCACGGAAUCUGCCUCUCGUGACCUGCACGUCUGUGGACACUGUCCACACCCUUGCAAGUUAGAUACUGCAUCUCAACGGGGUUUCCACAUGAAAGAUUGUUUUCGAAAAUAAAAUUAAGUAAAAGCAUCUGUGGAUAUAAGAGGUAUUUCACUCUAGCACUGUCUGGCUCUACUUUUUUAGUUCAGCCAAUGAUGGGGUCAGUGUCUGGUAUCCUCAAGCAGAGUUUAUUACAAAUAUUAAAGUACGAUACAACCGAGAGGAUGCUUGAGAAUAUGUAUCAAGAUAAACGUAUAUUUUCAUGCUAGGACUGCACUUAUCAUUUAGAGCAAGCAAGUGAGUGUCAACAUUUUAAAAUAUGUUGGUAGAGCAUUGAAUCAUUUUGCUUAUAUAUUGUUUGCUUUAUUUCAGCCAAUUCGCCUGCCGAUGUACCUCCAACCCCUAUGACUGCUCGCCACACACCAGUCCACAUUGCAGCCCCCUUCUUCCCCUUUGUGGUUUCUUUCAAACGUAUAUUUUUUAUAAAUAAAUGUGGGGGGGUUCUGUAUAUAUUUGGAGUCUCGUUUCCUCAAUCAACGACACAGCAAAUAGCGUGUUUACUGUGCAGUCCAAGUGGCACAAACGCUGGAGACCCCCCCGGCUCGGGGAUGGAGCUCCGGGAGGUGGUGGACUGCGCCUUGGCCAGUUGCGUGCGCCACGAGCCGCUCAGCCGCGUGGCCUUCCUGCGUUGCUUCGCCGCUCCGUCGCAGAAGCCCCGGGGCACGGUCAUUCUCUUCUACGUCGAAGGCGCCGGGCGGGGGGUUACCGGCGGCCACGCGGUGAACUACAACAAGCAGGGCACGUCCAUCCACGCCGAGGUGCUGCUGCUGAGCGCCGUGAGAGCCGCGCUGCUACGGCGGCGGCGAUGCGAGGACGGGGAGGAGGCCACGCGCGGGUGCACCCUGCACUGCUACUCCACGUACAGCCCGUGCCGCGACUGCGUCGAGUAUAUUCAGGAGUUCGGUGCCAGCACGGGAGUGCGAGUGGUCAUUCACUGCUGCCGCCUGUACGAGCUGGACGUGAACAGGAGACGCUCUGAAGCAGAGGGCGUCUUGCGGUCGCUGAGCAGACUGGGCCGCGACUUUCGGCUCAUGGGGCCACGAGACGCCAUAGCCCUGCUGCUGGGAGGGCGCCUUGCAAACACCGCGGAUGGAGAGAGCGGGGCGAGUGGGAACGCCUGGGUGACGGAGACGAACGUUGUCGAGCCAUUAGUGGACAUGACGGGGUUUGGAGACGAGGACUUACACGCGCAGGUGCAGUGGAACAAGCAGAUCCGAGAGGCGUACGCGAACUACGCAAGCGCCGUGUCACUCAUGCUGGGCGAGCUCCAUGUGGACCCGGACAAAUUCCCCUUCCUGGCCGAGUUCCUGGCCCAGACGUCCGUGGAACCGAGCGGCACGCCGAGAGAGACCCGGGGCAGGCCCAGAGGGGCCUCCUCACGUGGGCCGGAGAUCGGCCGACAGAGGCCCGCUGACUUUGAACGAGCUCUGGGUGCCUACGGUCUGUUCCUACACCCUCGAAUCGUGUCACGAGAAGCUGAUCGAGAAGAGAUCAAGCGCGAUCUGAUCGUUGUGAUGAGGAAACACAACUAUCAAGGCUGCCUGGAGGUGGCGCCCUGCGUAUGCAGCGGCGCGUGCGUGCGAGCGUGCCCGUGUCGCCAGGCGGGCCGCAUGUGCAUCCCGCUGUGUGGCGCCCACAGAACCACGUGCACGCGGGGUGGCACGGUGGGUAGCACGGGAGGUGGGGCAAAGAGCCACUUGAACACGGUGGGUGGUGGCACAGCGGGGUACAGAGCCACGGGCACGCAGGACGGUGGCACGGCCCUCCCCACGCAGAUACGCACCUCCACUGAUGGGGCAGAGCGAUAUCCUAUUGCUCGAACGAUCGUCUCUGGUUUACAGCAGAGGGAAAUUCCACAUUGCCACGACAGGAGGGGGGGGUCUAUUCCAUAGGAUAACCGGUUGAUUUCCCCACAAAGUGGUACUCGUUUUAAUGACCCCAGAGGGAUGAUGGGCCGAGUCCACCUCAAAUCAGGAUUUGACCUUGCAACCUUGCAGAGUGUGAGCCACUCGCUCUGCUGAUCAAGCCUCUUCCUGGCCGGUUCAAUCGCCAUGAAUCAGCUGAGGUGGUAAACAAAUACCAUUCAACGCUAUUGCCUUUGUGGCAGUAGCUCUGAAUGUCGCAGAGGAUAUGCUUGUGUAUGAUGUAUUGUGCAACCAAAAUGUGUAAACAUUACAAUCGGCUUUACCCCUUCUUACAAGAAUACAGCAGGUGUUAAGAUGUUCAAACACCAAGUAGACCUAAUGCAAGGCUGCAUCAAGUCUAUUCACCACACAUGCUUGUGGUAAAAUAUGCAAACAUUCUUUCAUAAACAUGUAUGCAUUAUUUAUUCUAGAUUUAAAGCUUUCGUGACUGCUAGGAUCCAUACUCUUUGGUUCUAUUGGGUAAAGUCACAUAGGUAAAA